AUGGAAUCUACAUCAUUCUCAUCGUCCAUCCAAAGGACCAGCGUGUAUACCAAUCCAUCGUUGGAGUUCUCCCUUGGUGGCAUCUCCUACUUUAAUACACUCCUGGUCGACUUGAUCAAUAGCAUUGUUAUCGAAACGAUCAACUAUGCCAAACAACAGAACAAGCAGCAACAGAGCUAUCUCUCACCAGAUGCCAUAACAGCGGCCAUCAAUGCGGUGUUCUCUUAUGACUUGGCCGAGUACAUCCUCGAUCAGUCCCAGGGCAGGAUCCAACAUUCGUCGAUGAAGAACUUGCCAAAGUACAACCCCGAGACCGAGCCCAAGGACGACGUGCUCAGCGAUCAGGAGGAGGACGACGAUGAUGUCCGCGACUUUGAGAUCAUUCCUCGCGAGUCCACCAUGUCGACACAGCACAUGUCCCUGUUCUUCCCGACCGAGCUAGUGUACUCGGUGGUCCAGGAUAUGAUUAAGCGAAAGAAGGUCAUCUACAGUGGCACAGACUUUUACGAGCGCAUCGAAAUGCAGAGCCGUGAGUCGUUCAUCUACACCUACCUGUCGUACUGCCUGGAGGUGGUCUCCACGAGGAUCUUGAAGCGUCUCGACCAGCAGGGCAGGGACCAGAUCACCGAGGAUCACAUCAGAAAGACCAUCGCCUCUGAUGCCCCUCUCAAGGACAUUCGUCAAAAGGCUGUGCACAUCACCAAUGUCACCAACCAUAUGCUGCAGGGUCAUUCGAUCGAUUCGAUACCAUCGUCAUCAUCGAUGUCAUCCUCAUUCUCAAUAUCUGAGAUACAGACAUCAGCAGUAUCAUCAACUAUAAAGAGUCAGAGUUCACCAGUGUUGGCACCAAUGACAACAACAUCAACAACAACAGACAUAGCAACUGUAUUGGAGAAGGAGCAGCCAACAAUUGUUCCACCCCAAGUCGAGGAAGUAAAGGUACAGACUGCCGGGAGUGAUGAACCACUUCUAGAGGAGUCAGCACAGGUGACCUCCUCCUCCUCCGACAACUCAAGUGAUAAUUAUAGUAAUAGUAGCAACAACAACAACAACAAUGUAGAUAGUGACCUACCUGCAACGUCAACGCCAGCGGCUGAGGUCAUAGCUCCAGAGUUCCGACUUUGCACAAAGAUACCAUCAUUGAUCUUUUUGGACAAGCCAUUGGACUUGAUCAAAGUUCUCCGAGAGGAUAGAAUAUUCUUGGAGGCAAGCAAUGGAGCAUUCCUAGUUAUGUUAAUUCUACUCGGACUUGCCAUUCAGUCGAUAAACAUGCCAGUCAAAUGCUGA